AGAGCGACCGGAGGUAUGAGUCACAGGGAGGUAAAGCGGCAGUUGAGCUUGUGGGAUAGUUUUGAGGGACCCCCGCCCACCCUCUCACCUAUGCCUCCCCUCACUUCCCCCCUGUCCCCACCAGGAAACCACAAACAUGGGGGAUCAUCUCUCUUCAGACGGCUAAAACUCAAUCGAAGUAUUCAAGAUCUCAAACACUAUUCAAACUUCCAUACAAGCUUUGACUCAGAAAAUGGCCCUUCUCCAGGCCGCAGUCCCAUGGAUUCGCAGGCGAGUCCGGGGCUGGUGCUACACCCUUCUUUCCCCCAGAGCCAGCGCAGGGAGUCCUUCCUGUACCGCUCGGACUCGGACUAUGACACCUCACCCAAAACCAUGUCCCGAAACUCCUCUGUCAACAGUGAAGGGCAUGCUGAAGACUUGAUAGUCACUCCAUUUGCUCAGGUGUUGGCCAGCCUACGAACUGUAAGAAGCAACUUCACCAUCCUCGCCAAUGUCACAACACCCACUAACAAGAGGUCACCAGUGACAAGCCAGCCCACUGUUCCCCAAGCUACACUCUCUGAGGAGACAUACCAGCAGAUGGCGCGGGAGACUCUGGAGGAGCUGGACUGGUGUCUGGACCAGCUGGAGACCAUUCAGACCCACCGCUCCGUCAGCGAGAUGGCCUCCAACAAGUUUAAAAGGAUGCUGAACCGGGAGCUGUCCCAUUUGUCAGAGAUGAGUCGCUCAGGGAAUCAGGUGUCAGAAUACAUCUCCACAACCUUUUUAGAUAAGCAGAACGAGGUAGAGAUCCCAUCGCCGACGCUGAGAGAACGAGAGAAGCCCAUGUGUCACAUCAGUGGAGUGAAGAAGCUCACGCACAGCUCCAGCCUUUCUAUCUCGGCCAUGCCUCGCUUUGGCGUCAAGACCGAGCACGAGGAUGCUUUAGCUCGGGAGUUGAAUGACUUAAACAAGUGGGGCCUUAAUAUCUUUCGGGUGGCAGAGUUUUCUAAUAACCGACCUCUCAGCUGCAUCAUGUUUGCCAUAUUUCAGGAAAGAGAUCUACUAAAAACCUUUAGGAUCCCUGUGGACACAUUUGUCACCUACAUAAUGACACUAGAAGACCACUAUCACGCCAACGUGGCCUACCACAACAGCCUGCACGCGGCCGACGUCACUCAGUCCACCCAUGUCCUGCUGUCAACACCAGCUCUGGAUGCUGUUUUCACUGAUCUUGAGAUACUAGCUGCAUUAUUUGCUGCCGCCAUUCAUGAUGUGGACCAUCCAGGAGUGUCCAACCAGUUUCUCAUCAACACAAACUCCGAGUUAGCCUUGAUGUACAACGAUGAGUCUGUGCUGGAGAACCACCACUUGGCCGUGGGCUUUAAGCUGCUUCAUGAGGACAACUGUGACAUUUUCCAGAACCUCAGCAAGAGACAGAGACAGAGCCUGAGGAAACUAGUUAUAGAUAUGGUUUUGGCCACAGAUAUGUCAAAGCACAUGAGUUUGCUGGCAGACCUCAAAACAAUGGUAGAGACCAAAAAAGUGACAAGCUCAGGCGUGCUGCUAUUGGACCACUACACAGAUCGCAUACAGGUGUUGAGGAAUAUGGUGCAUUGUGCAGACCUGAGUAAUCCCACCAAACCUUUGGCCGUGUAUCGCCAAUGGACAGAGCGCAUCAUGGAGGAGUUCUUCAGGCAGGGAGACAAGGAGCGGGAGCGAGGGAUGGAGAUCAGCCCCAUGUGUGACAAACAUACGGCGUCUGUGGAAAAGAGUCAGGUGGGCUUCAUCGACUACAUAGUGCACCCGCUGUGGGAGACCUGGGGAGAUCUGGUACACCCCGACGCCCAAGAAAUCCUGGACACACUGGAGGACAACAGAGACUGGUACCAGAGCACCAUCCCACAAAGCCCCUCCCCUCCACCACUAAAGGACAAGGAGCUGAACGCAUGCAUGGACAAGUUUCAGUUUGAGCUAACUUUGGAGGACAGCUCAGAGCCAGAGCAGACAGAAGACAAUGAUAAAACUGAGAAUCAUGUGGCUCAAGACAGCAGUCAGGGAGAGGAGGAGGAUGGGAAAAAGGAGGAAGAUAUGGAGGAGACUGAGGACAUUAUAGAGGAAGAAGACGAAGUAGCGAUGGAGGAGGAAGAGGAGCAAGAGAAAGAGCAGCUGGAGGUGCGAGCGGAUAAGGAGAGACUGUCUGACACAAGCCCUGUAGAGGAAGAGGAGGAUUCUUCUUCACAAGCGGAAGAUACGCAGUAUAUGUUUUACCAAAUGACAAUUAUGCACUGUCACUAUUUGGUGCUGCUGUUGGCUGUUGGGAUAUCAGCCGUGGAAGUUCAGCGACCAAGGGGAGUGCCUUUAUCAAAACGACCAUUCUAUGAAGAAGGGAAGCGUUUUACUUGCUUGGAUGGUUCCCGCACAAUCCCGUUCAACAGAGUGAAUGACGACUACUGUGACUGCCAGGACGGUUCAGAUGAGCCAGGCACAUCUGCUUGUCCCAAUGGCCAUUUCCACUGUACUAAUGCAGGUUUCAGACCUACUUUCAUUCCUUCCUCUCGUGUCAAUGAUGGGAUUUGUGACUGUUGUGACACUACCGAUGAGUACAACAGUGGUGCUACCUGUCAGAACACCUGCAAGGAGUUGGGGCGUAAAGAGAGAGAAAGCCUUCAGAAAGAAGCAGAAAUUGCUAAAGAGGGAUUUUUACUCAAGCAGCAACUCAUCCAGGAGGCUAAAAGGGGUUUAGAGGAAAAGAAGGCCAAACUGGCUGAGGUUGAAGUCAGUAAAAAGGAUAUGGAGGCUAAGGUCGAGUCUCUGAGAACUGUCAAAGAAGACGCAGAGAAGCCCGAGAAAGAAGCUAAAGAGCGCCAUCUCAAGGCUUGGGAAGAACAAAAGGCUGUCAUUCGCAUGGAAAAAGAAAAGGCUAAAAUGGCUGAGGUGUUUGCUGAACUUGAUGAUGAUGCUGAUGGCAGUGUCUCAGUGGCAGAGCUUCUUACUCACUCUGAGCUUGACCCAGAUUCAGACGGAUCCUUUACAGAAAUUGAAGCUCAGGUCUUGUUGGGAGUGGAAAGAGUGGAUAUAGCUGCUUUUGAAGCUGUUUGGAAUAGUAUCAAAGACAAGUACAUUUCUGAGGCCAAACAAGAUACUUCCAUAGAGCCACCACAGGAGGAAAAUAAGGAGCCCAUAGCUGACAAUGACUCUGAGCAAUAUCCUGAGGAAGAUAUCCCUGAGGAAGAUGAUGAUGAAGAGGACGAUGAAGAUGACGAAGAUCCAGAUGAUUAUAAAAGCCCUCCCACAACUCACGCUCAAGAAAAGAAGGCUGACGAAGAUGAGGAUGGAGCUAUGCCACCCUACGAUGAAGAAACACAGCAGCUCAUCGAUGUUGCUCAGAAAGCCAGAGAUGAAUUUGAUGAGGCCGAGAGAGCUCUCCGGGAAGUGGAUGAUCAGAUCAGAAACAUUGAAAAGGAAAUCUCAUUUGACUUUGGACCAAGUGCUGAGUUUGGAUACAUGUACAGCCAGUGUUAUGAGUUGACAACUGGAGAGUAUGUUUAUAAGCUGUGCCCUUUCAAUCGAGUAUCCCAAAAACCCAAAUUUGGUGGAUCAGAAACUAACCUUGGGACAUGGGGCAAAUGGGCCGGUCCUGAAGAUAAUGUAUACGCUGUGAUGAAAUAUGAACAUGGGACUGGCUGUUGGCAGGGACCCAAUAGAUCCACCACUGUAAAGUUAACUUGUGGAAAAGAGACUGUCAUAACAUCUACCUCAGAGCCUAGUCGUUGUGAAUAUUUGAUGGAGUUCACCACACCAGCCAUUUGCAAGGAGCCCAAAAAUGAGCAUGAUGAACUAUAGAAGUGCUUCAUUGAUUGCUCAGCCUAGAGGGACUACAGUUACUGCAGCAACAAGUUGUGCAACCAAGAAAGAUGCAAUCUCAACGUCACAGUCAAUAAAUGAUUCCAUGUAGCUGUAAUACAUUUCAGAUCUUCACUGUUAUCACAUGUUGUUUUUAAAAUGUAUUAGUCUAGCAUCAUUCCAUUGUUUCUAAUAAAACAUUUUUUAAAUCAUUAUCUAA